AUGUCUUCGACGUGUGACCAGACUCAGCGGGCUGCGUAUACGUCCGCGGAAGCGACGCAACACCACUCCCAGCGGCCAAAACUCCUCGUCCAUGUAGACGCUCAGCUUGGCGGCAGGGACUCUCACCACGAAGAAUUUGAAGCUCACUUUAUUUAUCCUCUCUGCAAGCCAGUGCCCAUAAAUACCGUGGCCGACCACUCCUUCAUAACCGAGUUCAGAUGUACAGGCGCGGACGCCACCGCCAGCAAUAUGAAGGAUAUGCGACUAUCCUUCCCCAGUGCUCACUCUGGCUUUGCUAUGUACUGCGCUGUUUUCUUCAUUUUCUACAUACAAGUGAAGGCAAAAUGGCGCGGCUCGAAGCUACUGCGGCACGUAGCGCAGUAUGCCGUGCUGAUGGCUGCGUGGUACGUGGGGCUCUCGCGGGUGGUGGACCACAUGCACCACUGGAGCGACGUAGCUGUGGGCUUCGCGGUUGGCGCUGCUUUUGCAGCUCUUACUUUCAUCUACGUGUAUGCACCAAAUAAACGCAUUCGCAGAGAAUCCUGGAUUACGGAACCAUCCACGCAACCGGAGAUGUUACCUCGCCCUGUACUUAUGACACAUAGCAAUUAAAUAAAAAUUUCGAACUACAAAGUUAUAUCAGAGAAAGGAGAAAAUAGAAAAAAAAUUAGUUAAAUGGAAAUAAUUUAUCUUUUUAUUUAUUUGACUUAUAUUUAAAGAUUAGUUUGUAGCUAGUAGUUAGAAUUAUUUUUAAUUUUUAUGGUUUGUUAGCUAAUAUUACGAGCACAAAUUUCAGAUGAUGUCUGCAUAUAGAAACCAUGACGUAAUAGCUGAUCUUAGUACUACUCAAGCCUAUAUUUAAAACAAAACUAGAUUUCAUUAAACAUUACCGUGUUGUGUUUAUUUGUUCAAUACCAACAAAUUAAUGAACGAAAUAGAAGUAAGAAAAGUUGUAUGAGGUGUAACAUAAUUUAAGUAAUAUAUUUUCGUAUGUAAGAGAUUAAGGAUUAUGAAGAGUAUGUAUAUAAAAUAUUUUAAUGAGAUCACGUUUUUACUAACCGAAAUAAACGAAA